AUGUGUCAUUUUCUUAUUGUUCUGGUGUAUGGCAGUAUAGCCCAGAAUGCCAAAGUGGGAUGCAAAAGUUAUGAAUAUCCCAAAAAAUUUGUAAUUCUCCAGAAGCAAUUUUUGGACUACUAUGAUCCAACAAUUGAAGAUCAGUAUAUUCAACAUUGUGAAGUUGAUGGAAACUGGGUAAUCAUGGAUGUGUUGGACACAGCCGGUCAGGAGGAGUUCUCAGCAAUGCGAGAGCAGUAUAUGCGGAACGGUCGAGGGUUUUUGUUAGUCUAUUCGGUUACGGAGCGAAAAAGCCUUGACGAGGCUGUGAAAUUGUACAGGCAGGUGCUGCGCGUGAAAGAUAGGACAGAAUAUCCAGUUUUACUCGUCGCUAAUAAGGACCCACCAGUCAAUGUAGACAAUGCAUUUCAUGAAUUAGUACGGAUUGUGAAGAGUUUUCCGUCUGAUGAGGAUGACGAAGAGGUUGGUAAUGCAUAUUUGGCAGACUUUUUCUCCUUAGAACUUUGCUGUUUGAUUUUCCGCACUUUAAUUGUUCUUCUUCAGAAUAGCAACAGUGUGUCGCCAAACCGAACAAAAUCGAGGAAAAAGAAAGGAAAGCAGAAGUGUAUAAUAAUGUAA